AAAAGCUUAAGAGAAAUGGAGCAGAUAAAUAAUUUAGUUGCUGCAUUUGAUGUGUGGUGAGGAGAUUAUGGACAUAAGGGACUAGAUGAAGAGCUUGGUAGUCGUGAGCCAGACCUGGUUGGAGAUUCUCAUACUUUGGAAAAGCCUGGUAAGAAGUUAGAGGAGUACAAAAGGAUAGUUUAUUAUUUUGAAUAUUGUGCCAAGAUGCUUGAGUUGUAUUCUUCUUCUUUAACAAAAACACCCGUUACUCGGAUUUGACAGAUCAACUAUGUACUACUUAAAUUAAUUGACAAGAUCCAAAAGACUGAUUGGAACUAUACAAAGAAUGAAGAUAGCAAUCUUUGUAAUCUUUCUAAACAAUUUUGAGUAGAUAUUUCAGAGCUCCAAGAGAGGUAUAUACAUCUUCUACCUCAAGAAGAACAAAAAGAAUGGUGCUCAAACUAUGGAAUCACUAGAGCAUCUCUGAAAUAGAAGACAUCAUUCUUAUUCAAAGAACAUUGUAAAGACUUCUUCAUACGAGGACUCAAAAUGACUCUCAGAGAAAAGGAAAAAUAUCAACAAAAUCCUAUCAAAAUGACUCCCUAUGAGCAUAGAAAAAAGAGACCAGAAUGAACUCUCAAAGAUCUAUCAACAGUUAUGGACAAAUGUAUUUCAUAAUCUAAGAGGUCAAACGAAAUAACUUCAAGAAACAAAUGACUCUACAUUUUAACUGUAGCAAAAAUUACUCAGAAGGGGUUCUCAAGAAGAUUAAGUUUCUCUCUUUACCUAUGAUAGAAAAAGUAAAGGUGAAAUCAGUGUCAAAAAGGAAUAAUGGUGAUCAAUUCUUAAUGAACGAUUCAUUUCAAAACAGAUAUAGUGGCCUCUAUUUUUCAACGAAGGAUUUAAUUAACACAAAUUAUUGCUUAAGAAAUAUAGCCAGGAUUUUGCCAACGAUUAAAGAGAAGGUUCAUCUCGAUAAAUUCAAAUUAUCCCUUUCUCACCUCAAACAUAUUUUGAAAUCAUGAGCUCAUGUGAGUUAUCUGGUUCUCGGAAAUUGUAUUGUCUCAGUUCCGGAAAUCCCAGAUCUCUCGAUUUGUCUCAAAGGAACAGUGAUAUCAAGCUUGAGCCUAGUCUCAUGCUCGUUUAUGCCUUCUUGCUGCGAACCCUCCACUGUUGUAAAGAAUCUUCUUGAUGGAAUUUUAAGCACAGAGAUGAAGAAAACCCUCAAAGAGAUCAGGCUUGUAAGAAAUAAAGACUUAGUAAAAUCUGAGAUAAAACAAAUCCUGAAUAAAUGAGGAAUGAAAAAGAUCAGCAUUAAAAUGAGGAAUGAGAAUUAAGUUUAAAACAAAUUUUUAAAUGAUAGCCAAUAAGAGUGAAAUUAGAUUUAGUAUUGUUCAUAAUC